ACGAGUGUCGGUGGGAAGCAUCGCUCAGGUAGUAAAGGGGCAGAUCCGAGGACCAGAUACGAGCAACCGUGGGGCUGGUUAGCUCAGCUCACACCCCUCGGGUUGAGUGUGUGUGUGCGUGUCUUUUUUCCCCCCGCUAACAGCUCCCCGGCUGCUCAACCUCGGCUCUCCCAGGAAACAAUGGUGGCUAAAAACAGAAAACAGACCGGGAAGAGUCCCCCGACCCAGGCUGACCGCGACAAGAUCCCGCUUGUUUCGCCUCCUGGUAAAAGUAACGUCAGGCGACCAGGCAGGGAGGGCAAAGCUUUCACCAGCUCUCACCCAAACGGGCUCUCGGGCAUCAGGCACAAGCUUGGGCUAACUCCCUCUGCAGCCGCGAAGCUGGGAAUCACUCUUCUCCUCGCUGCUCUGACUGGAUAUCUGCACUGGUAUCAUCUCUCACAGCUGUUUGAGAAUGACAGACACUUUUCACACCUGUCAAACCUGGAGAAGGAGAUGGCUUUUCGGACUGAAAUGGGUCUGUACUAUUCCUAUUAUAAAACCAUCAUUGAGGCGCCCUCUUUCCUGGAUGGCCUCCACAUGAUCAUGAACGAUCGGCUGACAGAGUACCCCCUGGUUAUUAAUACACUGAAGAGAUUUAAUCUCUAUCCAGAGGUGGUCCUGGCCAGCUGGUACCGGAUGUACACAGGUGUAAUGGGCUACUUAGGGAUUCCCACGAAGAUGUGCUGGUCCAUCAACAGAGGAGAGGGACUCACUCCUGUGGAUAGCUGUGAAGGCAUGGGUGAUCCAGCGUAUUUCUACGUGACCUGUGUGUUCCUGCUGAACGGUGUGAUGAUGAGCCUGUUCUUCAUUUACGGUGCCUACGUCAGUGGCAGUCGGCUGGGCGGCCUUGUUACCGCGAUGUGUUUUUUCUUCAAUCAUGGCGAGAGCACUCGUGUGAUGUGGACUCCGCCACUGAGGGAGAGCUUUGCUUACCCCUUCUUAGUCCUGCAGAUGCUUCUUCUCACCUACAUCCUACGGACACGGAGCCCGAGCAGAACAGCCAUGGUCGCUCUGGGCAUCUCCAAUUUGUGCUUCAUGCUGCCUUGGCAGUUCGCCCAGUUUGUGCUGCUCACUCAGGUGGCUUCUCUGUUUGCUUCGUACAUCCUGGGUUACCUCGGCCCCGCCAAGAUGCAGUCCAUCCUGGUCACUCAUAUGGUUACACUCAGCGUCUGCUUUAUCCUGAUGUUUGGUAACUCCAUGCUCCUCACGUCCUUCUACGCCUCCUCGCUCGUCUCCAUCUGGGCAAUCAUUGCACUGAGGGAUCGAUUUGCUCAAGUCUUCAAACCUGGCAUCAUUAUCUGGGUCAUGCAGGUUUUGGCGUGGGUCGGCUCCACAGUUCUGCUCAAAUUCAUGUUGUCCACAAUCCUCGGUGCCUCUGAUGAUGCUCACAUCAGUGGACUGAUCAAGUCAAAGUUCACCAGCUACAAGGACUUCCACACUCUGAUGUACACAUGCGCCGCAGAAUUUGACUUCAUGGAGCUGGAGACCCCUGUACGUUACCUGAAAACGUUGCUGCUGCCCAUCAACAUGCUGGUGGUUGCUCUCGUUGCUGGUAGGACCAUCCAGGAUAUAGUCCGGUUCCUGAGGGACGGAGGGAAGGCGUCUGCCAAGAGUGACGACGUGGAUGAAGCUGCAGGGUCUGAGAUAGCUGCAAAAGGAGAGCUGGUCUACCACAGUCUGCAGCUGGUGGCGUUUGCGGCCCUGGCCAUCCUCAUCAUGCGUCUGAAGCUCUUCCUGACUCCCCACAUGUGCAUCAUGGCCUCGCUUAUCUGCUCCAAACAGUUGUUUGGAUGGAUCGGGGAAAAGUUAAAGCAUCAGAUUAUGGUGUUUGCUGUAUUGGCCGUCAUGGCCAUACAGGGAGUGGCCAACCUGCAGGCCCAGUGGGCGAUCAUCGGAGAGUUCAGCAACCUGCCACAGGAGGAGCUGCUGGACUGGAUCCAGGACAACACUCACCCUGAUUCUGUGUUUGCGGGAGCGAUGCCCACCAUGGCCAGUGUGAAGCUGUCCACAGGUCGGCCCAUUGUCAACCAUCCCCACUAUGAAGAUGCUGGUCUGAGGGAGAGAACCAAGCUGGUCUACUCCAUGUACAGCCGCAUGUCUGGAGAAACAGUGAAGAGGAAUCUGAUGAAGCUGGGCGUGGACUUCUUCAUCUUGGAGGAUUCCUGGUGCACCAGGCGAACCAGGCCCGGGUGCAGCAUGCCAGAGAUCUGGGACAUUGAGGAUCCCCAGAACGUUGGUAAAGUUCCCCUGUGCACCCACAUGUCCAGGAACUCACGACCCCACUUCACCACAGUUUUUUCCAAUGACAUUUACAAAGUUCUUAAAGUCCCCAAAGUCACCAAAGAUCUCAGAUAACACCGUUGGAUGGACUGGUCCAGCACCGAAAUGUUCUUUCCGCCACUUUUUUUUUUUCAUUUCUUGGGUCAGUCACUGCCGUUGCUGCUUUUUACUUCCCAAAACUCAAACCCCCACAGUUCCUACUUUUUUCGCGGUGCUUUGAUUCACUGAGUGGUCGAUUAAUAAUAGGUUGAACUUACCAAAACAAUCUGACAUGAGAGUCUCUCUGCUCCUGGUGACCUUGUGGUUCUCAGUAUUUAUUUACUUAAUAAAACUCCCCGUUCCCCACAUUUUGCUAAACCUUCUUCUUGCUGCGUCAUUGUGAUCCAGCCAUGUUCCCAUUAUGCUCCAGUCGGUGCCCAAGUGAAAGCCAAAAGGAUUCGUAGCUCUUCGUUUAGCUUGUUGCAUAAGUUCUUUUACGGAGAUGCUGUUCAAACAUUAUUUUUUACUUUCAUGUUUUGUUUUUGUUUGGGGUUUUUUUUGUUUAUUUUUUAAUUUUAAGAAGGAAAUUGUGUCUGGCAGGACUAAUCAAUGAUGUCCACAUACUGUGAAGCAAUACCCUUUGCAAACUUGACAAAAGCUGACUUCUUCUAUUGUUAUGCACAGUGUUGCUCUCUGAAAAGAUUUUUUUUUUAUUUAUUUGUGUGGAUAUUAUUAUGCAAAUUUCAAGGUGUUAAGACAUUUUCUUUGGAAGCAAACAGUGUUUUAAGAGUCUCUUCCUGUGUUUGGAAGCUUUUAAGAUCUUUUUAAUACAUAUCAUUCAGCAUCGGUGUCCAGAUUUGUUUCACUCGAGAAUAUUUUUGUUCUUAAAUCAGUUGUAAAUUGACAGAGUUUUUUUAAUGGCAAAACAUAUUGGGGAACAAAUAAAACAAAAAAAACAAGUACUUUUAACCUAACUGUGCCCUGUAACGACAUUUUUGUAAAUAUCCAAACAGUUGUUUUGUACAAUACUGAUGUGCAGCCUUUAAAAGGUUCUUCGCGUUUCUUGAAUUAUUGUUUCUUGCCAAAGGAGGUCUUGUUACCAACUCGGGUUCUGUAGCAACUGAGAGAUGUGUUUUUUUGUGAGUUCAGUAACAGCCAAUCCAAACUUUUUGUAGCAGUGAAUUUGGUGUAAAUGGUAGCAGAUGUUGGUUGGUUUUUUUGGUUCAGGCCUCCAUCAUGAUUGUUGGAUAUGUUACAAAAUAUGCGUAUUCGCUUCUUUGCUGAGAGUUUGAUGAGACGAUGCCACUCUCGUGUCUGUAUGGUAAAAAAAAUAUGAAGCUACGUCCAGGAGGCAGUUAGCUUAGCUUAGCAUACAGAUUGGAAACAGGGUUAAACAGCUAGCAUGGCUCUGUCCUAAGGUUAAAAAAUUAGCCUUUCAACACAUAACACUCACUGAUUAACAUGUUAUAUCUCUUUUCUUUAGUCUGUACAACAACCUUCGCUGUUGAUUGACAACCUCACGGUGACAAAAAGACUCCGGCCAAGAAAUAAUCCUGUGUCACCUCCGUUAAACUACAACACUUAAUCACAGUUAAUUAGUUAUCGUUACUGUUACUGUUUCUGAUCUUUGGACAGAGGCUAGACUAGCUGUUUUUCCCUUCUUCCUGUCUUUGUGCUUAGCUGCAUAGCUGCAUGUUGUAUUGAUGGUUUGUCCAAAUAUAAUCAGAUUCAUCCGACACUUUGCUUCCAAAGCUCGGUGCCAUUUUUCAGAAGGAGGGCAGAAGCUGUGGAGCUGCCAGGAUUUUCUUUUUUUUUUUUAAUUAUGGCUCUAUAAAUGAACCGAAUGAGUAAACUUACAGCAGUUUUUUGUCUUAAAAGCAAUAGUUCAAAAUCAUCAGAAAUCAUUCAGGGAAAUUACAUUCAUUUGGUUUUUUUUGGCUGGGCGUUAGAUGAGAAGAUUGAUACCACUCGUGUCUGUAAAUAUGAAGCUGCAGCCAAUAGGCGGGUAUCUUAGCAUUGCACGAAGACCUGGCUUUGUCAGGCCACUUCAAAACUACGCCUACAGCCACCUCGGAAACUGUGAAAGCAGUUACCACGGGGUAGUACGGCACACCACGGGGUAGAUGAUUUCAUUGAUUGUGCAUCAGAAUGAGACGAAAGAACAAAGGAGAUUAGUGAGCGGACACUUUUAAACAAAACAAACAUACAUUCACAGUUCAAAAAGAGCUUCUGUGGUGAGACUUAAAGUGCCAGAGUGAGCGGCUGAACAAAUCCUACAGCGCACAUUUAAUCUUUCACAUCUUGUGCAUUUGAAUCCAGAGCUGUUUAUGUGCUGUUUAUGUUCAGCUCUUCUGAAGAUCUACGGUGUAGAAGUGAUCUUGUAAGUCAAGUGCCGGUUUUUAAGGAGUGGGGCUGUUGUGUCACACUUCACGAAACACUUUGACAUAAGUAGUUUAUUCCUGUCACAGGCAUAGGUGUGUUUCAGAUGUCUUUUAUAAUAUUUGUCUAUUUUGCCUGUAUUUUAAAGAAUAAAACAUUUG